UUUUAAAAAUAAAGUGACCAUUAUUAUUGAAGAAAUAAAAUGAAUCGUUAUGUAACAUUAAGUCAAUUAGGUGAUGGAACUUAUGGUUCAGUAUUUUUGGGACAAAAAAUCGAUACAGGCGAAAGGGUUGCUAUUAAAAAAAUGAAACGAAAAUAUUUUUCCUGGGAAGAAUGUAUGAAUCUUCGUGAAGUAAAGUCUCUACAAAAACUUAGCCAUCCAAAUCUUAUAAAAUUAAAAGAAGUUAUACGGGAAGAUAAUACAUUAUAUUUUGUAUUUGAAUAUAUGAAAGAAAAUCUUUAUCAAUUGAUUAAGGAUCGUGAAAAACCGUUUGCGGAAAAGAUCAAUUGUAAUAUUUUAUAUCAAAUACUGCAAGGUUUAUCAUUUAUGCAUAAACAUGGAUUUUUUCAUCGUGAUAUUAAACCGGAAAAUCUGCUUUGUAUGGGACCAGAAUUAAUAAAAAUAGCCGAUUUUGGUCUGGCGCGUGAAAUACGAUCUCGGCCACCAUAUACAGAUUAUGUAUCAACACGUUGGUAUCGUGCACCUGAAGUACUACUUCGUUCAACUGCAUAUAAUUCACCCAUUGAUAUAUGGGCUGUUGGUUGUAUAAUGGCUGAAUUAUAUACCUUACAGCCACUGUUUCCAGGACGAAGUGAAAUUGAUCAAAUUUUUCGUGUCACAUCUGUUCUGGGUACACCUGAUAAAUCCGAUUGGUCUGAAGCAUAUCUUCUGGCUAAUCAAAUGAAUUUUCGUUUUCCACAAUUUUCCUCAAUACCAAUUGAAACAAUUGUUGUUGGACAAAUAUCAUCGGAAGGUUUACAAUUUUUAAAAAGUACCUUGCAAUGGAAUCCACAAAAACGACCAACCGCAUCACAAGCAUUAAAAUUUAGUUAUUUUCAAAAUGCAACAAAUUAUUCGCCACAUAAUCAAACGGAUAAAAACAUUAAAAGUGGUGUUUCGAAAACAGCACCAACACAAUCGGAAUAUAAUAAGAAAAUUUUAUCCAUAUCAAAUUCCAAUAAUACAACAACAUCAGCUUAUAAUAAAUCAUUAACCAAUAAUUUAUUAAUUAAAACUGUACCAAGUUAUUUAAGUGAACCAUCAUCCACAACAAAUGAUAUUGAUAAUCAUAGUAUACAACAAUUACAAAUGCAAAUUGGCAAUCAUAAUCAUCAUAAUCAAUCAACAUUGAUUGGAAAAAAUUCUGAUCAAAAUAAUUCGUUGAAUACGAACAAUCAAAAAUUUUCAAUGAAAGAUCAAUAUCUUUCAAGCUCAAGAUAUAUUGCCGGACAGAAUACAGCCAAAAAAAAUUCAACUAUUAUUAAUCAUAAAAAUUCGGGAGAUCAACAACCAACAAUAUUUGGAAAUUAUCGCAAAAAUUCAAUAACAUCUAAUAAAUCGGCCAUAAGUAAUGGACAGAGGAAAUUAUAUGCAUCAUCACAUUAUGGUAAAACUGAUUGGUCAGCAAAGUAUGUUAACCACAAAAACAAAUAACAAUCGAUUCAUUUGAUUACAAU